AUGGUUGGCUCUCCAACCAGUCCCAGCAUGACACCUGCCAACUCAUUCUGCCUUAGCAAUGUCAAAUCAACUUCUUCUCCGACCCUCAGUCCAAAGACUCGACGUCCGCUAUCCUUACACGAUUUGCUGUCCGCCGAUAUGUCCUCCACUACAUCAAUACAACGCAGCAAGAACGUCCACCGCCGCCGCCAAUGUGGAAUCGCCGAUUGCCACAAAUACGCGUUAACUGGGGGGUUUUGCAUCCGUCACGGCGGUGGCAAGCGGUGCAAUUUUGACAGCUGCCAGACGGUCGCUCAGAGUGGUGGGCGCUGCAAAGCCCACGGUGGUGGUAGCAAGUGUAAAGUUUCUGGAUGCGGAAGUGUCGCUCGACGAAAAGGCUUUUGUAUGACGCAUGGUGGUCGACAGCAAUGUAAAAUUGACGGCUGCUCUAAAUGCGCGCACGGUGGUGGCUUCUGCAUCUCGCAUGGAGGAGGCAAGCGUUGCUCCUCCAUGGCAUGCAAAAAGAGUGCACAGGCAGGUGGAUUUUGCUACAGUCAUGGCGGAGGCAAGCGCUGUGCUGCACCAGAAUGUUUUCAAGCCGCUCGCAAGGGCGGACUCUGCAUUAGACACCGCAAGAGUCCAGACCAGAAUGGUUUCGACAGGUCAUGCGACCUACUGGCUUCUGCUCAGCGCUUAGGCGCAGACAAUUUUCAUUCUGACGCGCUCUUGGGAGACUCACUCUUAAAUUGGGAUGAUGAUCUGUUGGUGUUACCAGAGAGCACUUUGGAGGUGGUAUCUGCUUGUCGGGAUAAUGUUUUGGACAAGAAAGAUGGGGAGAAGAGGGAUUUUGGAACACAGAAUAAUGCAAAAACGAAGAAAAAGAUAAAAGAUGUGGAGCAAGUGAAAGGCACGCUUGAAGUGGACGAAUGUAGUGAGUUGUUUUCGUGCAUGGAGCAGAACGAAGCGACCGGUGUAGACAAUAACGUGUUUGUCGAAGAUGAGGAUGCUAUGAACGCGGAAGUAAUUCGUAUUGGAGACCAAGUGGCAAUUGCGUGUCCUGCUGGCGGCAUAAAGCAACUGGAGAUUGAAAGAGACAUGGACGUAUACACUCCAUUAGAGGUCUUGGGCUUAUUCGAUGGUGUUGCAGCUGAUCGAGAACAGGAAGCCGCGGACGCGGAGAAUGUAGCCAUGGUAUCGAAGGCUUUUUUGGAGACGCUAGAGGACAAAGAAUGGGUUAAGCCAGUAGCGAAUUCUUUUGCGUUUUUGCUCGCUGACUACGAAGACGCGACGAAUGUAGAAAUGGUGGCGGAUUUUUUUACUGCUUUGGAGGAUAACUUUGUCGCUAAUCAAGAAGAAAAAGCUGAUCAAUCGACAACGUGUGACUGGAUCGAUGCGCUGGAAGUAGACAACAUGUCUUUGUUGUUUUCGGACCUGGAAGAGAUGGGACAGAUGCAGGCAGCGACGCAGUCGAAGGAUGUUAUGCUAGUUCCUGCCAAGGUAGACCCGCGAGUCUUCGUGCCACCGACAACGGUGCGAAUGGAUGGUGAUGAGCAAUGUCGUCCUCGAGCCGUAGUAAACAGUGAUCUGCUUGCUGGUCCUCCCGGUGUCGUGGCGUCUGGCUUUUCAGUUUCUUUCCAUGCGAUGCGUGACCAUCGCCGUAAGUCCAAGCGGAAGACGCUGUCUUUUCGGACGAAGCAGCCUGAUCCAUUAAUCUCUGAUACGCGACGUGCGAGUGCUGCCAAGCGCCAGCGUGUUAAGGGUCGGUUUGUCUGCGAUACGCAAAGGUUCGUUUCUAUCACCUCGCUUCAGAAGUAG